CGAGCAAUUGACAAAGAGGGGGGUAUUCGUACCAAACCUAUGAAAGUUCUACUCGCCAGUAUGUCUAGGACUGGUACCUUCUCAAUGUACACUGCUUUUCAGAAGCUUGGCUUGACGCCGUACCACAUGGCGGAGGCCGUCAAGAUGGCGUCUCAAGAUCUACCAAUUGCAUGCGAAGCACUAGAUGCUCGUGACAGCGAGAGACCAUUCGGACGAGAAGAAUUUGACAAAUGGAUUGGUGAUUUCGACGCGGUCUGCGAUGUGCCAAUGAACUUGCUGGUCAAAGAACUUCUCGGAGCAUAUCCGGAGGCCAAAGUCGUCCUCACAACUAGAGAUCCUGAGAAAUGGCGCAGGUCCAUUGAGAAUACUGUCGGCGUCAUCAGCAAAUGGAGGAUCUGGCCAUAUCUAGCUCUGAUCAGCCCCGAGUGCGCGGCUUGGUGCGCCAUGUUGCACAAAAUGGAUACUGUGAUGGACGGAUGGAGUACCGAAGCAUUGGCCCGUCACAACGCAGGCGUCCGGGCAGUUGUGCCCAAGGAACGCCUUCUCGAGUUCAGGUUGGGGCAAGAUGGUUGGAAGGAGCUCUGUGAUUUCAUUGACUUCCCGAAGCCAGAGGAUGAGUUUCCGCACGUCAAUGACGGCAAGAUGUUUGUCGCUGUUCAUGUACUCUUGAUCAAUAUCUGG